GCAACUAUUCUGCCAAUAUUCUGGGGUCCUGAUAAUCUGUGUCAAAACGUUACGCUCAUCGCCGUUCAUGUGCAACCCUACAGAAAUUUGAGGUAUUUCAUAUCUGCACAAUAUCGCAUAACCAUGUCCCUGUACGAUGAUCUGGGAGUGGGAGCGAGCGACACUAAAACGGAAGGCUGGUCCAAGAACUUCAAAUUGCUCCAGUCGCAGCUGAAAGUGAAGAAAGCUGCCCUAACUCAGGCCAAAAGCCAACGCAUGAAGCACACCACAGUAUUGGCUCCCGUCAUCGACCUGAAAAGAGGAAGCAAUGGAGAUGACAGACAGAUUUCAGACACGCCGCCUCACAUUGCAGCAGGACUGAAGGAUGUGGCUCCGAGCAGCUUCUCCUCGGGGGACGCGCUCAUCCCCCUCGCGGACGAGUACGACCCCAUGUUCCCCAACGACUAUGAGAAGGUGGUGAAGAGACACCGGGAGGAGCGGCAGAGGCAGAGGGAGCAGGAGCGACAGAAAGAGAUCGAGGAGAGGGAAAAGAAGAGGAAGGAGCGUCACGAAGGAAGUGCUCCCAGCGCUCCCAGCGCUCCCAGCGGCUUCUCCCGCUUUCCAGCAGAGGCCGACUCGGAUGAGGAUGAUGAUUAUGAGAAGGAGAAGAGGAAGAGGAUUGUCAUUGGAGGAGCAGCAAUCGCCCCGCCCACAUCCCUGGUUGAAAGAGACUCUCUUGCAUUCGCAUAUGAAGAGGAGAUUCGGAGCUCACGAGGGUCUAAGGCGGCAAUCCCUCCCCCCAUGUUCGAGGAAUCAGAGCGACCUCGCUCCCCUCCCGGGCCUACCAACUCUUUCAUCGCCAACAUGGGUGGCACGGUGGCCCAUAAGAUUAUGCAGAAGUAUGGCUUCCGUGAGGGGCAGGGUCUGGGCAAGCAUGAGCAGGGGCUUAGCACAGCACUAUCAGUGGAGAAGACCAGCAAGAGAGGCGGCAAGAUCAUCAUAGGAGAAACCACAGAGAAGGGUUCUAGUCAGACUGCUGCAGAGCCAUCUGGCUGGAUGAUAGGUGCUGCAGCCGAGGCCCAGAAGAAAACAGCAGCGUUCGCAGGAGCGGUAGCAGCAGUAGCAGCAGCGGCAGCAGGGUCCGGGUCAGCUGAUCCCAACCCCCUCACAGAGAUACUCAAGUGCCCUACCAAAGUAGUGCUACUGCGGAACAUGGUGGGGAGGGGAGAGGUGGAUGACGAUCUGGAGGGAGAGACAAAAGAGGAGUGUGAGAAAUAUGGCAAAGUCACCAAGUGUGUCAUCUAUGAGAUCCCCAUUGUACCUGACGAGGACGCAGUUCGUAUCUUUCUGGAGUUUGAGAGAGUGGAGUCAGCCAUUAAAGCUGUGGUCGACCUGAAUGGUCGGUACUUUGGUGGGCGAGUGGUGCGGGCAUGUUUCUACAACCUCGACAAAUUUAGAGUGUUGGAUCUGGGAGAAUAAGUGUGAUCCUUUUCAUCUUUAUACACACACACACACACACACACACACGCACGGCCCUCUGUCUGUAAGGCCGUCUUCCCUCUUCGUAUGUAUGUCUUCAGACAGAAGACAACCGUUGUAUAUAAUAGCAGUGCCGUUACUGUGAAUCUGUUAAUCAUUUGUUUGUUUUGCAUGGAAAGUUGGUGGAGUACUGUAAAUUCUGGAAAUUAAAUGACCUAUCUUUUUUUUUUUAUAAGGAAAA